UAGUAAUUGCAGCACGCCGCAGCCUAGCUGUGACUGAUGAAAGCAUGCCACCUACCCCACUGAUGAAUAGCAGCACGGGCACUGUUGACUUCAAAGUCGGUAACGAGACGUACCAAACCUGGUACAACAUUGUUGGUGACCUCAAGUCGGGCAAACGGCCACUCGUUACGCUUCAUGGAGGUCCCGGGAUGUCUCAUAUCUAUAUGAUAUCGCACACCGAGAUUUAUUCUCUCUAUGGCAUCCCAGUCAUCUUCUAUGACCAGCUCGGCAUCGGAAAAUCUACUCAUCUUUGUCAAGAGUACGCCUAACCACCAGGGCGUCCAGGACGUCACGACGUCCUGACAUAUAUAAAUGCAAGACAUUAGUAGUACCUUACUCAUUUUCUCUUUCCGUUUUUCGCCGUAUUCUAACUCUAUAUAAGACUAUGAACACGCGCCAACGCACCUCAGUCCCUUUGAUCGUGACUGAGGUGUGUAUCAUGUUUUCCUCACCCUUGUUUUCAUUAUACUCACUAUAUACAUUAGACUCGUUCUAGGUUCGUAUACUACAUUGAAUACCAGUCCCUUUGAUCGUGACUGAGACUCGUUCUAGCUCUCGUCUUUCCACA